AAUAACUGAUUAAUUUUAUCUUUGCCAUGAUGACAGUAAAUAAUAUUUGACUUGAUAUUUUUCAAGACACUUCUACACAGCUUAAAGUGACAUUUAAAGGUUAAACUAAGUUAUUUAGGUUAACUAGGCAAGUUGUUCUGUAGACUAUUGGGGAAAAAAUUGCUUACGAAAGCUAAUAAUAUUGACAUUAAAAUGGUUUUAGAAAAAUAAAAAAAACUGGCUGAAAUUAAACAAAUAAGACUUCCUCUAAAAGAUAAAAUAUUAUUGGAAAUACUGUGAAAUAUAAUGCUGUAUUAAAUAUCAUUCAUUCAUUUUCUUUUCAGCUUAGUCCCUUUAAUAAUCCGGCUUAGCCACAGCGGAAUAAACCGUCAACUUAUCCUGCACAUUUUUACGCAGCGGAUGCCCUUCCAGCCGCAACCCAUCUCUGGGAAACAUCCACAGCACUACCUAAAAUAUUUCAUAUGUUGCCCUAAACUGUUUGUUUUUAAAAAAUUAUGAAAUAUAUAGAAUACUGUGAUCCAAAUGAUCCACACAAUAUACUGAAUAUAUUGCAGAGAUAAUGUUACUGAAAUGUUUUAACUGUUGAUAGAGAGAAAUGUGAAUCAAUACAAUUAUUGGAACUCAAGUUAGUCUGAGUGUUUAUUUCACUUUCAGGAUGACGCUCACUCUAACUUUAAUUAGCUGAUGAGCGAAGAGAAACACACUGGUCACUUUCACACGCAGAGCAUCUCUAUUUAGAUAUUUGUAGGAGGUCAUUUUAAUUAGAAAGCUUCCAUGAUUAGACAGUACUGUAGGCUCGGGGUAUUUCCUUUGUAGUUUACACUAUGCUGAAUAAUCUAAAUUUAUAUAUUGCACUUUAAAAAUGCAGAGGAAGAUUAGCGGCUUGUACUCAGAAAAGUUUGCGUCACUGAUCCAGAGAUUUAGAGCAGGGGAAUUCUUUCAGAAUUGACAUUAACGGGUCGUCUCUCUCUAUAUAAUGGAGCUCUGGCAGUUCACCUCAGACUCACUUAUUCUCUCUCAGCUGGUUCAUCAAUCAUACCUGGAGGAUGAAGAUCAUCAUGAAGACUGCUUUACUGUUUGCAGUGCUGUGCUGUGCUCUUCUGCCUCAAUCCUCAGAUGGUCAGCCAUUGUCUGGUGAUGCCUCGAUCAGUGUCUGCUGCUUUGGUAAAGGCAGUAACAGCAGAAUUCCAUUGAAUCGACUGGAGUCUUAUUACUGGACAAGCAGCAUCUGCCCCUUCAGACACAUUGUGCUUGUUACAACAGCAAAGAGACAUUUCUGUAUGAAUCCAGAAAAUGAGUGGGUGAAGAAGAGUAUGAAAGCCAUAGACAAGAAACCGGGUUCAAACUCACCAAAGUGAAACUCGAAAGCAGUUUUCUGCCCCUGCUCAGAUACAUUGCCCAUACAUAUGAACAUUUGUAAAAUAAAGUUGCAGAAUAUUUUAUGUUAUUGUAAUGUAUAUAUUGCAUUAUUUUUUUUAAAUGUGUUGAUUUUUAUUGUUUGUGUGUCAAUAAAUCUCACUGAUCUCA